UACAUAGCGCGCCACACGCGCCUGCCACAGCGCGUUCUAAAUUUAAAAUUCAAAUCAUUCGAACGCCAGCUGAUUAGUGAUUAUACGUGCAAUAGAAGUGAUUAUACGAAAUUAUAAACAAAAUAAUAACGCUUUUAUUUCAUAGUUUGAAGCUGUCAGCCCUAGCUUAAACACCAAAAUGGAUUGGUGGCAGAGCACAAAGGAAUGGGUAGGCUUAUCCAAAAAGCAACCUAAAGUUGAAGGCAAUAGGAGUCAAUAUUCAUUGGUGUCGUGCGGAGAGCUGACCGCAGAUAUAUUGCCUAUAUGGCUUGAGUUGCCUGAUGAGGUGAAAAAUGAUCCGUCGCUGGCUCCGUUUAAGAAACUUUAUGAAAAAGAAUAUGGAAAAAUCCCAGAAAUAUCAAAGAAUCCAGAGUCGCAGAAGCGACUGGCGAACGUACAGUCAGCCCCGAUGCUACAGUCAGUACAGUCAGACGAGAUUCAGUACAUAGACGGCUGCACCAAGAGCGAAGCUGCAGAGAAACUGGGCAACCAUGAGGGGAAACCAAUUUCGGAGCAUAGACUUCCAUCUUCUCGACCAUCGCAGAUGGCGCGUGCCCGCAAAUACGUGAAGAUGACGAUUGUCCUCGGCUGCUGGGUGUAUUUUACCACCUGUUUCAUGAUGUACAAUGAGAAGAAGGAAAACGUCAGCAUAACGGCGGUGGUGUCUGGAGAAAUGAAAGAGUUCUCUAUGCCGAUAGACAAAGCAGAGUCAAUACUUCUAAAGCUAACGGCCCAAUUCAUGUCCGAAAAUGAUGAGAGGCGGUUCAACUCCACUGCGUUACCGGACCAUCAGAAACUUGAAGUGUGGUUGGAAGCAGAAAAUAACAAUGUCACUGAGGCAUCAGAAACGUGGUCCAUUCCUCUCCACAACUCAACCAACCAACGCUCGCGCACCCUCCACUUCAACUGUUCGCAUUGCGCGCUGCGUUUGCGCACCGACGCGCGCGCCGCCGUCGCGUUCACGUACAGUUACACGGAAAACCCGGUAGAUGACGCUACUGGCGUCAUCUGUGCGCUGGUGUUGCUGAUCGGCCUGUAUAUAUUGAUAGGUUUAGAGGUAAUAAACCGCACAAUGGCAGCAGUACUAGCAUCAACCAUGUCCCUCGCUGUCCUAGCUAUGGUAGGCGAGCGGCCGACCGUCCCAGAGAUCGUCUCUUGGCUGGACAUCGAAACGCUUAUCCUGCUGUUUAGUAUGAUGCUGCUGGUCACCAUCAUGGCUGAGACGGGCGUGUUUGACUUCGUUUCUGUUUAUACUUUCGAAGUGACAAAAGGUAAUCUUUGGUCGUUGAUAUACCUGCUUUGCGGUAUCACCGCAGUGUUGUCCACGUUCCUCGACAAUGUGACUACAGUUCUGCUGAUGUCUCCAGUUACUAUUAGAUUAUGUGAAGUGAUGGACCUGGACCCAGUACCAAUUCUGAUGCUCAUGGCUAUAUACAGCAACAUUGGUGGUACAGCGACCCCCGUCGGAGACCCACCAUGCGUUGUAGUAGCGUCCAAUAAGCACGUCAUAGAGGCUGGUAUAAACUUCACCAACUUCACGGCCCACAUGGCGCUGGGCAUCCUCCUCGUGGCGGUUCAGACCUCGCUGCAGGUCCGGUACAUGUUUCGAGACACCAACAAUCUAAGGCUUAACAUUCCCAAGGAGAUACAGGAUCUCCGCCACCAAAUUUCAAUAUGGCGGCGCGCCGCCGACUCCCUCCCGCAGCUGAGCGGCAACGCGCAUGUGGUGCGCGCGCACCUCGAGAGGAAUAUCGAGAAGCUGCGCGCGCAGCUCAGCCGCAUGGUGAAAGAGACGAGUACACGCGCGUGUCCGAGGGAUGAGUUCCAGAGUACGUUGCGGGAGUUGAAGAAAAAGUAUAAGAUCCGUGACAAGGCCCUGCUGGUGAAGGCUUCUGUCGCCAUAUUCUUCGCUGUGGCUGUUUUCUUCCUCCACUCGAUUCCUCAACUAAACCGCAUCUCUCUGGGCUGGACGGCAUUGCUGGCAGCAGUUCUGCUGCUUCUGCUGGCUGACCGUGAGGAUCUGGAGCCGGUGCUGAGACGGGUGGAAUGGUCCACUCUGCUGUUCUUUGCUGCACUUUUCGUUCUCAUGGAGGCUCUCUCCAAAUUGGGCCUGAUCCAGUACAUCGGUGGUCUGAUGGAGGAUCUGGUGCUGAAAGUAGAUGAGAGCUGGAGGCUAGCGGUCGCCAUCUUGCUUAUUCUCUGGGUGGGAGGCGUAAUCUCAGCAUUCGUGGACAACCUUCCGAUGACCACGAUCAUGAUCAGAGUGGUCAUAUCCAUCAGUAGCAACCCUGAUCUCAACCUUCCAUUCGCUCCCCUCGUCUGGGCGCUGCUGUAUGGAGCCUGCUUAGGAGGUAACGGCACUUUAAUCGGCGCGAGCGCGAACGUGGUGUGCGCGGGAGUGGCGGAGCAGCACGGCUACAAGAUCACCUUCGUGCAGUUCUUGAAAGUCGGCUUCCCCAUCAUGAUCGGGCAUAUGGCUGCUGCUUCCGUGUAUUUGUUAUUGUGCCAUUGUAGCGGUAUCCCGCCAGCUUUCGCCGACGCCGAGCUCACGGAGAUCUGCCUCCACUCUAUCUGCCCAACGGUAUUUAAGACGACCAACAGGACGGCGCCCAGUUGGUCGACCCAAGUAGGCCCUUUUGGCUGCCCGACCUUCACCCAUCCUUUCGAGAUGGCCAACCCAGCGGAGACUAUGCGCUUUGGUCUCACCUAUUAUAUUCGGCUCGGCUAUCAGAUGUUCUAUUUCGGCAUUCUUUCGGAUCCUCCAACUGCCAUCGUCUCUUUUGACGGGUCCCAGAAUCUACUAAAAGGCUGUUCUCCUCCUUGA